GAGUAAAGGAUUUGAGAAUUUAUCCCCCACCACUUUCAACAAAUAUCGCUUUCCAGAAUGGCGACUGGGUCAGUGAACUACAAUGGCUUUCUGAAGCCACCAUCCAGUAUGGAGGAGCUGGACUACUUACAACAGGAAAACAAUACAAAAUUUACACACCCACGAAGCCGGACAUUAUUCCACCAGAGUUACACCGGACCACUACAACUCUCACCAUCCCCCCUUUGUGGCCUAGGAGACGGAGGCGAAACCGUAAACAAAAGCAAGUUGGGGUCCUACCGCACACUCACCCUAACGGGGUGACGAGAGCCAGACUCCCAGUGAAAAAUCAUCAUUAGUGGAGACUACAAUGUUAUCAGCUGGUGGGCAUCAAAAUAAUGUAAUUCACAGUCACAAAUGGAUUUGACAGCUGCGGCGGUCUGACCGGGUGGCUUAUGAACUUGCCUGGAUGUAAGUGGUUAAAUAUCAUAACUGAAAGCAACAGCACAAAGGGUAAAUGUUUUGAAUUAUGAAAUUAUUACGAAUAAUAAAUUGACAACAUGCCAGUUGAAGAAAUACUCCCAAAUCAGCAUUCGUUUUAUAUAUGUCACUAAAUAUAAUUUUGCUAGUAGAUUUUUGCUUUUCACGGGGGCGGAGCCAAUCCCGGCCGGUAAUCGGGCGAAGGCGGGGUACACCCUGGACAGGUCGCCAAUCCAUCGCAGGGCUUUUCAGGGAUUAAGCGGUAGAAAAUGAAUGAAUUUUUACUCUUCUUCAAAACGCUUCUUUUUCGUGUAUGUUGUCUCAGCUAGUACCGGAAUCAGGAGCUCACUAGCCUGCGAUUCAACCAUAGCGAUGUCUGAAGCCUCGGUGAAGUGAAUUGAAGCACGUUCAUGUAUUGAUCGACAGCCGUGCGCUCUUGCCCCUGAUGUUGGCUGUCUCUGAUUGGUCGGCAGAUCAGCUGUUACCACCAUGUAAUGAGAUAAAAGGUCCAGAUUCAGUGCCAGACUUUGUGACUACACAUCGACACAAGAUUUUACCCUUACAAAGUCCACCUGGUGCCAGACUGAGGAUAGCAGGGCUUGAGGACACCAUUUACAGAGAUGACGAUUACGAGGUGAAGAGCUGGGGAGCAUUCUACCUCCCUGACAUAGUAAACAUGCAGGUUUUUGGUGUGGUGGAGGGCAUCUCCUGCCCGUGUGACCAGCUUAUUCUGAUGACAUGUGAGGACAAAAAGGUGUACGCCUAUGAUGGAGACGAGCUGCAUGUGGUGGCUUCAAGCACACAGCAGCUACAAGAUGAAGGAAUUGAGUAUCCUGCAUCAGAGACCUAUUACGAUGGGGAGGCCUUCAGACAUAUGACUGAGGAGGACUGGGAAGAAGUGGGGAAGAGUCCAGUGCGGCAGAGGAUGGAGGAAGAGUAUGAUAAACUGGUGGCGAAAAUAAAGCCCAAAUUCCUGGAGAAUCUCAGAAUCACCAGACAGAAACGGAGCAACUGUCCAGGAUCCCAGUGGAGGCUGGGAUCAGCUCCAGGAGUUGUCUGCUGAAGCCUGGAGAUAUACACACAUAUAUAUA